AUGAAACUCAACGUCGUCGUUUUGCUCCUCCUCCUUCUAUUCACAACCACCACGUGUUGUCCGUCGUCUGACCGCCGUGCACUCCUAGCUUUCCGGUCAGCUCUUCACGAGCCAUACCUCGGCAUUUUCAACUCAUGGACCGGUCAAGACUGUUGCCACAACUGGUACGGUGUUAGCUGUGACUUGAUCACUCACCGAGUCGCCGCCUUAAACCUCCGCGGCGAGUCAGAAGACCCGAUCUUCGAACGAGCUCACCGAAUCGGUUUCAUGACCGGAUGCAUCUCUCCGGCGAUCUGCGACCUUCCUCGUCUCUCCGCAAUCACAAUCGCCGAUUGGAAAGGUAUCUCCGGCGAUAUCCCCAAAUGCAUCACUCGUCUUCCUUCCCUCAAUCUCCGUAACAACUUAAUCUCCGGUUUAAUCCCUCCGGAUUUCGGCCGGUUAACUAUGCUAAGCCGUGCAUUGUUAAGCGGUAACCGAAUCACCGGUCGGAUCCCUGAAUCACUAACCCGAAUCUACCGGUUAGCGGAUCUCGAUCUCUCCGGUAAGCAACUGUACGGUACAAUCCCACCGGUAUAA